AUGGGUGAACCACCAACCUUGCAAUCACUGUGUGAUAAACGCAAAAUAUGUCGCGGGAAGUACACUCGACAGGAAAACACUGUGACAAGGUAUUACAGGGAAGCAUGUAACUUGUACGACAAAGGAGAUCGCGUUACCCAGUUUGAGACAGCCGUGCGAAAAACGGGUAAUGCCAUGGAAGAGCUGAAUGCGGUCUACGGUGAAUUGAAGGACGUACAGACUGAGGUGGACUUCCAUCCUGAUUUAGGGAAACUGAACGAUGAAGCCUUGAGAGUUGAGACUGAGUCAGAGGAGAGGUAUCGCACCCAGUACUACGACAUUUCUGCCAUGGUUCAACAACUGCAAGCGGAUGCUGAGAAGGAGAGGUGUACCCCGUCGGAGAAGUCGAGUGAUACUUUCACACCUGAGCACUUUGCCGCCGCCAUGAAGGAGACCCUGGAAUCAGUACAAACAGGAAUUUCUGGUGAUCAGUUAGAAAGGAUUCUAGGGACCUUAUCGCACAAGAAGCGUUAUGUUCAGAUACCGAAAUUCAAAGGUGAUGUCGAGUUGUUUGACCAGUGGAAACAACUGGUAGAGACUGAAUUAGAAAAACCAGGCUAUAGCGAGGUGGAAAAGACCCACAUAGUCAUAUCAUUAGUUGAUGGAGAGGUAUCCAAACUCAUCAGUGGACUAAAGGAUCCAAGUUCAGAUGACAUCCUUGAGUUUUUGGAGAAUAGGUACGGAGAUGUGUUGACAAAGAUCCAGAAGGCAGUGAACGAGAUUGCUGCAGUGCCUGCUGUCAGUUCGCCCUCAGCAAAGGAUCUUGAUUCUCUCUACAACCUGCUUAAUUCCAACUGGAAUUACAUCAUGAAACGAACAGAAGAUGACAAACACGUGGUAAGGGCAAGCUGGAUCUUUACAGCCCUUGUCCGACCAAAACUGCCAAAGGGACUUCUCAAAAAAUGGGAUGGAGAGAUAAUCAAAGAGGAGAAGUCGAUGGGGACGACGUCGGAAUUACCGAUACGUUUCGACACUCUUUUGGAGAAGCUGCAAGAUGCCGUCAAGGUUGCGAGGCGAACGGAGCCAAGCAAACGAGAUAAACCCGAGAAGGAGAAGGAGAAAGAGAAGAAGUGGGUUAAGGAUUACCAGAAGGAAUCUAAGAAGCCUACAGGUCAUGCUCUUCAGAUAUCUCAGAGGACACCGAAACCCAACAAGGAGGAAUCGUGCAUAUUCUGUCAACUUAGGCACUUCUCAUCAAGUUGUCCAACAGUGAAGUCGAUGCCUGUGUCAGAGCGAGUUGAGAAAGUGAAAGCGUCAAAGGCAUGUUUCAACUGCUUGCGGACUACUCACUUUGUGGAUGCAUGUCGGUCAUCUAGCUGUAAGAAUUGCUCGAGGAAGCAUCACACACUCUUACAUUUCGACAAGCAAGGAGGAAACAAGACUGGGAGCAACCAGGAAACAUCGAGCGAAAAGGAGACAAGUGGAGAUGGUAACAAGCCUGAGGAGACCGUGAAAUCACCCCACUACUUCGUGAAAGCCAGAGAGACAGAUGGUGAAGUACUGUUACAGACAGGCCUAGCGAAAUUGGAGUCGAGGAAUGCAGUCGCACAUGGACGAGUUCUCUUUGACUCAGGGAGUGGAGCCACAUUUGUCAGCAAGCGAAUGGCAAGGAGUUUGCAGCUGCAUGGUCAACCAGUUGCAGCAGAGUUUACCUUAGCAGGAGGAAAGGUCAUGACACUUGAUACCCAACGAGUCAAGUUUCAUUUGUCGAGCAUACUACCCAAAUGGAAGGGAGAGACGUUCGAAAUCAUCGCCUAUGUUCUAGAAAAUCCAUGUGCUGAUAUCAAUGAAGUCAAUGAGGAUUUGUCAAAGAUUGAACAGCUGAGAGACCUCCAGAUAGCUGAUGAGUUCCCGAGAAAACGUCAAUCGGUGGAUGUUCUGUUAGGAAUCCAGGAUUCAAUGAAAAUCUUACAGGAUAAGAGAGUCUUUGGAUCAGGAAACAGUCUUUCAGCGCAGAGGAGUCACAUUGGUUGGAUCGUGUCCGGAACCUGUCCCGCUGAUCAGGAAAGCCACACAACGUUGCCAGUCAAUCAUUCAACAUUUCAACUGUCCAGCGAGAUAGACAUCGCGACCAAGCACUGGGAGACGGAGCACAUAGGGAUCCUACCAAAUGAGAAAAACCAGCACCUCUCAGAGCUUGAGACUGAAGCCCUGAGACAGCACAAGGAGAAAACAAUCAAGAUCAAGGAUGGUUAUGAGACAGGAUUGUUGAAACAUCCGGAGUGGAAGGAUAAAAUUCUGAAAUCAAACAAACAACAAGCAAUGAGGAGACUUGGUAGUCUGGAGCAGAGACUGAAAAAGGAUCCUACAUUGUCAGCGAGAUACCAGGAGCAAAUCAAUGAGUUGAUCAAGAAAGGUCGAGCGGAACGAGUGAGUGAGGAAAAGGAGCCGGAGGAUCGUAGUGUGUGGUACUUGCCCCAUCAUCCAGUAGUGAGAGAGGACAAGACGACAACAAAGGUUAGAAUCGUCUUCGAUGGAUCGAUGAGAGGCCGGGAUGGAGUAUCACUCAACGACACCUUAUUACCAGGACCUGCCCUGCAACCUGACCUUCCUGGAGUUUUGAUGCGAUUCAGGCGCCACAGAAUUGCAUUGAUAGCGGAUAUCGAAAAGAUGUUCCUCCAGGUAAGUAUGAACGAGAUAGAUCGAGAUAGCCAGAGAUUCCUAUGGAGAGACUUGGACACGGAUAAGGAGCCGGAAGUUUUCAGAUUGACCACAGUCACCUUCGGAUUAACGUCUUCGCCAUUCUCAAGCAUCAAAACUGUGCUAGAUCAUGUCGCGGCACAUCGUGAGGAGUACCCAAAAGCUGCUGCAGAGAUUGAGGAGAAUAUCUUCGUGGAUGAUAUUUUGAGUGGAGAUGAGGAGGAUAAUGAGGUGGCGGAGUUGGCAGUUGGACUGAAGGAGAUUCUGAGCCCGGAAUGGAACAUGAGGAAGUUUCUAUCCAACAAACCAGGAGUUUUGUCAGGUCUUGCCAAGGAAGACAUCGCGUCGGAGCUCACAGAGAAGAUGGUUGGCGAAGAGAUCUCAACAAAGGCGCUGGGAGUCAGAUAUCGACCCAAGGAGGAUGUUCUCAUGUUCUCAUUUGUUGACAAAAUGGAGGAUGUGGAGAUCGAGACCAGGAGAAGUGUGUUGAAACAACUCCAUCGGAUUUAUGAUCCACUUGGCAUGCUAUCGCCCUUUGUACUCAAGGCUAAGCAAAUUUUCCAACAAUCAUGGGUCACAACUGGAGGAUGGGACGACGCGCUACCAUCGGAGAUAGAGGAGGAGUGGAAACGCUGGAAAUCUGAAGUGACACUACUGGACAGCAUCAAGAUACCGAGGUGUAUUGUGCCUGCUGACUUCCAGGAUCCACUCAAAGACCAGAGUAGCACCCCUGGGAAAGAGGAGGAGCAUCCCGGAACUGGAGCUCAUGGCAUCACUGGUGACAGCAAGGUUAACAAAGUAUGUGGAAAGAGAGCUCAAGCUUCCGAUUGCUUCAGUGAAUUGCUGGACAGAUUCCAAGGUUGUCACACACUGGUUAAGCAAGCCACCAUACAAAUGGCAAACAUUUGUCGCAAACAGAGUAGCUGA